CCCUCUGCUGGCCCCGCCUCCGUCCCGGCGUGCCGUGCGAGGAGGCGGUGCGCAGGCGUCCCGAGGCGGGACUUCCGGCCGCGCUCGCUAGCGUUUUCCGGCUGCACGAACGGGUGGACUGGCGGGCCUCCGGGGCAUGAAGCCCCCCAAACCCUGAGGCUGGACCCUACAGUGACACUCCCACCAUGAAGGUGCUCCUCAGCACACUCUGGCUUGCUGUGGCCUGUAGCCCCGUUCACGCUACCCUGUCAAAGUCAGAUGCCAAAAAAGCUGCCUCGAAGACACUGCUGGAGAAGACUCAGUUUUCAGAUAAGCCUGUACAAGAUCGGGGUCUGGUGGUGACAGACCUGAGGGCUGAGGAUGUGGUUCUCGAGCACCGCAGCUACUGCUCGGCCCAGGCCCGGGAGAGGCACUUCGCUGGGGACGUGCUAGGCUAUGUCACUCCAUGGAACAGCCAUGGCUAUGAUGUUGCCAAAACCUUUGGGGGCAAGUUCACACACAUUUCACCGGUAUGGCUGCAACUGAAGAGGCGCGGCCGUGAGAUGUUCGAGGUCACAGGCCUCCACGACGUGGACCAAGGGUGGAUGCGGGUGGUCAGGAAGCAGGCCAAGAGCUUACGCAUAGUGCCUCGGCUCCUGUUUGAGGACUGGACUCACGAGGACUUCCGGAACGUCUUAGACAGUGAGGAUGAGAUAGAAGAGCUUGGCAGGACUGUGGUCCAUGUCGCCAAGAGCCAGCAUUUUGACGGCUUUGUGGUGGAGGUCUGGAGCCAGAUGCCGAGCCAGAAGCACGCGGGCCUCAUCCACAUGCUCACCCACAUGGCUGAGGCACUGCACCAGGCCCGGCUGCUGGCCAUCCUGGUCAUCCCUCCAGCUGUCACUCCCGGAACCGACCAGCUGGGCAUGUUCACCCACAGGGAGUUUGAGCAGCUGGCCCCCAUGCUAGAUGGCUUCAGCCUCAUGACCUACGACUACCCCACAGCUCAGCAGCCGGGGCCCAAUGCACCACUGUCCUGGGUACGAGCCUGUGUGCAGGUCCUAGACCCCAAGUCCAAGUGGCGGAGCAAGAUCCUCCUGGGGCUCAACCUCUAUGGCAUGGACUACAGCGCUUCCAGGGAUGCUCGCGAGCCCAUCACUGGGGCCAGGUACAUCCAGAUGCUGAAGGACCACAGGCCCCGGAUGGAGUGGGACAGCGAGGCCAAGGAGCACUUUUUCGAGUACAAGAAGAGCCGUGGCGGGAGGCACGUCGUCUUCUACCCAACUCUGAAGUCUGUGCAGGUGCGGCUGGAGCUGGCCAGGGAGCUGGGCGUCGGCGUGUCCAUCUGGGAGCUGGGCCAGGGCCUGGACUAUUUCUACGACCUCCUCUAGGCCCCUCAGGUCACCUGCGCUUUCCUGGCCCUGGAGAGACUGAGAAGCCAAUACAGCCUCUGUUCUGUU